AUGCCGUCUAUCUUCAAGUACGCCGCUGCGGCUCUGGCUGCAGCUGCUCCCUUUGCCUCGGCUCAGACAUACACCGACUGCAACCCGCUGGAGAAGACCUGCCCUGCCGAUGCUGGUUCCACCCAGUCCCAGCUGAACUUUGACUUUACUCAGAGCUCCGGCUUAGACAAGUGGACGACCACUGCUGGCUCCGUCAGCACCAGCUCCAACGGCGCCGUCUUCACCAUCAACAAGCAGGGUGAUGCCCCUACCAUUGAGACCGACUUCUACAUCUUCUACGGUGAGAUCUCGGUCACCAUGCAGGCUGCUCCCGGCACUGGCAUCGUUAGCUCCAUCGUCUUCGAGUCGGAUGACCUGGAUGAGAUUGACUGGGAGGCUCUCGGUGGAAACACCGGCCAGAUCGAGACCAACUACUUUGGCAAGGGUGAUACCUCCACCUAUGAUCGUGAUACUUGGCCCGCCGUCGCCAACCCCCAGUCUACUUUCCACACCUACACGGUGAACUGGCAGAAGGACAAGACCGUCUGGUCCAUCGAUGGUACUGCCGUCCGCACUCUCAACUACGCUGAUGCUCAGGGCGGCGCUCGCUACCCCCAGACCCCUAUGCGUGUGCGCAUCGGUAUCUGGGCUGGCGGUGACCCCUCCAACGGCGAGGGCACUAUUGAGUGGGCUGGCGGUCAGACCGACUACUCCAAGGCUCCCUUCUCCAUGUACGUCAAGUCGGUGCAGAUCACCAACACCAACCCGGCCGACUCGUACACCUACAGCGACACCUCCGGCUCCUCCGACAGCAUCAAGCUUAGCGGUGCCGGUUCUCUCAGCCAGACCUCUAGCUCUUCCAGCUCGACCAGCUCCACCACCAGCUCCCAGUCUUCCACUGAGAGCUCCACCACUGCUCACACUACAUUGGCUACCACCACUCAGACCUCCACCUCCGCCAAGACGACCACUGCUGGAUCUACCACUGCCUCGUCUACUGAUGCCACCACCUCCGGCUCUACCUCCGGCACUGGCUCUUCCACUACCUCCUCUGGCUCGUCCACCUCGUCUGGUUCCUCCAGCACUGGCUCUGGUACUACUUCGGGUUCUGGCUCGAGCUCGAGCGCCGGCUCAAGCGCCGGCUCAAGCUCCGGCUCGGCCUCCAGCACUGCUCCCCAGACCAGCGCCACCUUCAACGCAGCUGCCAACGUGGUUGCCAACUACCUUGGCCCAGUUUCCCUCCUGGGCCUGGUCACUGCUCUCCUCCAGCUGUAA